GACGAAGUAGGAACGAAGUAGCUCGACCAUAGAGGAGAGAGUUAAAAGACUUAAAGGAGAGGAUUCUGCUCGUGAGCGUAAUGGUAUAAGCCUGCCUGACUGUGAGACCGACUGGUGCGAACAGAGACGAAAGUCGGCCAUAGUGAUCCGGGAGUCCCGUGUGAAAUUCCUUUAUCCUUAUCCCUCUGAAAAUUCUCCCGAUGAAAAUCCCCGCCAUUGUUCGUUCACUCUAUGCUCCCCCACUUGACCUACGAAAAAACCCACAUUUCGUUAAAUGCAGACCGUUUCUCGACGCUCUACUCCGGCCAUUUUCUACUGCCUUGACCGAAAGCGAGGAGUUGAAGGAAUUCACGGAAUACAUGGAUAACCUCAAGAAUUACGAAAAAAUCGGCGUUCCCACAGGAGCAGGUACCGAUUCUGGCGAUGGGUUCGAUUUGGGUAGGAUGAGUCGGUUGUUGCACUGUUUGGGCAACCCUCAAACCAAGUUCAAGGGACUCAAGAAAACAAAUGAAAUCGAGUUUGACAGUUUUUUGCUAUUCCUUUAUGUGUUUGCACCUAAAAAGUUGAUAGAAUUUGGAAAUAGUGUUCAAGCUUGGUUGUCAAGUCUUCAAGUCCAAAUGAGCUCUUUUGAGUUCAGUAGGCUGCGUUGCCAGCUUACUGAAACUGGUAAGAAAGAGACUUCGUCCCUCCUUUACAAUAAACAGAAAAGCUUGAUCAUGCAUGUUAUCCUCAGAAUCGCUAUUAAUAUUUUGGAAUCCUCUUUGGCUUUUCAUAUUGCUGGCACAAAAGGGAAAGGAUCGACAGCUGCAUUUCUUUCGAGCAUUUUGCGUUCAGAAGGGUAUUAUGUUGGUUGCUAUACUAGUCCACAUAUACGAACGAUUAGAGAGCGUAUAAUACUGGGAAGAGAUGGGCAGCCAGUAUCAGUGAAGGUGUUAAGUUCUCAUUUCCACCAAAUAAAGGAAGAUCUUGACACAGCAGUAAAACAUGAAAAGGGGCAGCUCAGUCAUUUCGAGGUUUUCACGGCAUUAGCAUUCAGCCUAUUUGCAGAAGAGAAAGUACAGUUUGUGGUCAUUGAGGCUGGAUUAGGUGGCGCUCGGGAUGCGACAAAUGUACUCACCUGCUCUGAACUGUUGGUAUCAGUUAUUACAAAUAUAGGGGCCGAGCAUCUAGCUCCACUUGGUGGCUCCUUGGAGAGCGUGGCAGUAGCUAAAUCAGGAAUUAUCAAAGAACGGCGUCCACUGAUUUUAGGUGGCCCAUUCCUACCUCACAUUGAGCGCAUAAUCCGUGAUAAGGCUUUGUCCAUGAGUGCACCAGUAGUAUCAACAUCUGAUCCCGGCAAUAGAAGUGUCAUCAAAGGCUUUUGUAGAGCACAUGAGAUGCCUCGUCAGUUAUGCGACAUCUUGCUCGUUAUUGAGAGGAACAUCCAUAUGUUCAUUGAAUUGUUUGAUGUUCGACUACGCAUGCUCGGGUCUCACCAGCUUCAGAAUGCUGCCACCGCUACUUGUGCAGCACUUUGCCUUCGUGAUCUAGGUUGGAAUUUGUCAGAUGCAUCCGUUCGUGCUGGUUUAGAAUCCGCAUUUUUGCUUGGUAGAAGCCAAUUUUUAACAUAUAAGGAAGCUAAGAUGCUCGGACUUCCUGGGGCAAAUAUACUGCUGGAUGGAGCCCAUACGAAGGAAUCUGCACAGGCUUUGAUGAACAUGAUUAAGACGGGCUUUCCAGAUUUGAGAUUGGUUCUUGUGGUUGCUAUGGCGAAUGACAAAGAUCAUUUAGGCUUUGCCAGAGAGAUACUUUCAGCUGGAUGCUUGGAGGCCUUAUGUUUUACGGAAGUUGAUAUUGCUGGAGACAGGUCGCGCACAACUUCAUCGACUCUGUUGAAAGAUUUGUGUGUACAAGAAUGCAAAGAGACGGGUAUUGAUUUUAUCGACUGCCAAACUUCAAAGCAUGAACCUGCUGAAGCCCAGAACAGUCGAUGUGCACAGAAAAACGGAAACUGGCCCAUUUUAUUUGUUGAGGACUCAUUGAUGGGUUCACUUAGAUUUGGAAAUAAAAUUCUUGCUGCAAAAACUGGAAAUCAACAUGGGAUGAUUGUGGUCACUGGAUCUUUGCACAUUGUCUCAGCUGUUUUAGGUUUAUUGGAAGGAUAAAUCUCAUAAUCUUUGUUAUUUUUGUUUUUUCUAGGUUUGUAUUCUUGUUGAUUUUUGUUUAUUAUGGGACACAGAUAGAAAGAAAUAAGAUGUCAUAGUGCAAUGUUUUUCAGACAAUGGCUGUAAAUGUGGUCCGGGGAUGUUCAUGUUCUUGGCUAUAAUUGUGGAAAAUAAAAUCUUUGACACAGAUGAAUCUUUGCCCCAUAAUAUAUCUGAUCUCUGACCACAGUGAAUUGUAAAAAGCACCCAUAAUAUGUAGCAAAUUACCAAAAAGAAUGUUACAUUUAAAAGUUUUAUUUUGUAUUCCAUGUGUGUAUGUUAG